AUGAGUGACGCGCUCGUUGCGCCCACCGGUGGCCCAUUCCCUGCAGUUCGGCCGCUUCACCCACAUGAGGUAGUCAAGAUCCGUGCAGCGCAUCGCCUGCCGUCGCUAACCGUCGCAGUGGAGGGGGCGUACCAAUUCCUCCGCUCAUUGACUUGGGGAGGGAGGAUACGCGCUGUCCGCGUGGUCGCGCUGCCCUCUGCAUCACAUUUCACAGUGGAGCUCAGAGCUGACUACCAGCAUUGCCGAGACUGUGUGAGUGUUGGAUUGGUCUGCAACAAGGGUGGGGAAGUGGAGUGGCUGCCGGAGUUGAGCGCCGUCAGUGAAGAGGUGCGACUCUGUGUUGCGGCUGAGUUCUUAUUGAGGAGUGAUGUACACGGGAGGCAAAGCGUGUCUCUCUCUUCCGAACAAUCGCAGGUGCUCUUUGAGAAGCGCUGGUCACAUACAAAUCCGUUGUCAGAAGAAGAAACCGUAACGCGCGUCCGUGGCGUUGUUGCGGGGCAGGUGCAAGCACAGCUUCGACAACUCUCACAACAGCAACAGCACCGAGAAACAGAAAAAAAUUCGUUCCUCAUGGCCGUUCGUCUGCGCUGCGAGGUUCGUGGCCUCUUCUGCUGUAUGCCCGUUCGGCGGCAGAGUGCAUCUCGGCAAUCGCACACAUUGUACAGACUCCGCGCCGAACGGCAGGCCCUCCUGAUGGCGGCAUACCGCAUGUCACUGGAGUGCGUCCUGGCGCCGCUGUACCUCUCUUCAAAGAAAGACACAGACCACAGUGCCUCGUUGUACCUUCGAGUGGGAAGCGAUGAUAAAGAAGGAAGAGCCGCAGCUGAUGCCGCUGAUGCGACCUAUGUGAGUAGCUUCUUGGCGCCAAGUAAUGUAGAGGUGACGGAGCCGUUGGCCAAGCGACAGCGGACCGAGGCGCGAAGCGAGGCUAGUUCACAGAAGCUGAGUGUGGCGUACCGCGUCCUCGGCGCUUUUUUCCCGGAUCUCCGUUUGUCAGAUGGUGCGUCGGAUUGCGUGAGAGGAUCCGCGUUGCUGCGCCUUUGUGAAGUUGUGGUUAAACGUGGCGUGUUCGCUGUAUUAUUCCUGUUGCCUUCCUCGAUGAAUCACCACGGUGCGAACGGACUUUGGGGUCUGCCUUCACCCCCCUCUUCCUAUCACAAAGAGGCGGCGGCGGUGGUGGUGGUGUCAAUGCACGCCGCCUCCGCAACGUGCUUUGUUGUUGAUGAAUCGCACUGGGUGCAUCGCCACGUCGCGCGCAUUUCAGCCACGUCACGCCCGCUCCUCGUGUUGAUGGCGGAGUCUCUGCUGCAGGGCGACGGCGGAACGCUACGGAGCAUGUUUGGGGCGGCGGUGCGAGGAUACCACCGCCGGGCCGCGCCAUUGAGCACACGGAACAUGCCCAACUCGGCAACCGAAGACGAUGAAGAAAGGACAGAGGCCGUUUGUGUCGUGGGGAAACUCACAGCACCAUGUGGAGCACUGAGGGCGGACCAAAUUGCACCAACAGCGGCGCUUCGAGUAUCGUUUUUGUCGCAGCUUCUCUCCUCGACCGGGCGCACGUUUGCCUCAAAGCGUUCGGACGGCGCAGUACUUUCGGUUCCGCGGCGCACGCCCUUUUAUCCGCUGAAGUGGAAACGUGAGUACACGUGCGGCACGAGCAGCCUCGCUCAGGCACGCUCGGCGAUGCAGCUCGAACUGGAUCCCGCCCAAAUCGCUGUUCGCGCCUACGGUGUGCCGGCGGUGUGGCCGAGAACAGGAGACGUGGGUCAUGCGGAAAGCCGUCGUGGGCGCUGCCCUUUUCGCGCAGAGCAUUUCAUUGCACAAUGGGACCGAAAGUUUCUCCUCCUUUGUAUGGGCGGCCCCGGCAUGCCGCAUAGCAACGCGUUGGUGGAUGAAAGUGUUUACCUUUCCCUCUCGCAAUGUGCCACCAAAACAUCGAGGGCCUCGCUGCCAGCAAGGUUAUACCUUGUGGAUCAGCACGCUGUCCACGAGCGGCUACGUCUAGAAUUUUUUCUUUCUUUCGCGGAGUCGUACGUGCAGCAUGGCUCGGCACCCGCCUCCUUCACUGUCGAGGUCCCCGCCGACAUUUGCCGCGACGUUGUCACUUACGAGGCGAUGCUCAAACGGUGGGGGUGGCGCUUUGCGCACAGCAACGGGGCAGUCGGAGCAGCUUCCUUUUCCCAUACGCCAGUGCGGCGUGUGUCGGUCACGUGCUGGCCGCGCCUUGUGGUGGAGGGGCACGCGCUACUGCUGGACUCCGUGGAGGCACUUCGCGCAACUGUGGAAGAAUUUGCGAUUGUUCUCCCCCCAACCUCGACGGUCGCCGCGCCGCGGGCCGACUGCCGGCACAGCAAGUGUGGGGAAGAGCCGCGUAACUACAAGAGCGCCGUGCCAUCUGUUAUUCUUCAGUUUUUGGUAAAGCGUUCCUGCCGGGGGGCCGUCAUGUUCGGCGACCGCCUCUCAAGAGUGGACGCGGAAAAGCUGAUAGAGGCACUCCAAGCCGUUGAGCAAUACACCGUUUGCUCUCAUGGCAGGCCGGCCUUCGCCGCCGUUCGAAGCCGCGGUUAG